GUGUAAACACGAAACAGCCGGAUGAGUGGCGGGAAGGAGGACGAGUGUGCCGUGUUGAAUUUACACUGACAACUGGCCCUGGGUGGCACAGCCUUUGAUUUGUCUAUCAGACGUUUGUCUGUCAUAACAGUCAUCUUUUAUUGCCUUCACUCAAUCCCUUAAGAAGACGGAAUAACUGUAUCAAGACGUCGCUUAGUAUGGCUGUCACAAAAAAAUCAGAACUGAAGGGAACAAUGGAUGCCUCAUCUGGACCCAAGAACCUCUCUCUCAACACUCACAAGGCUGGUAUGGAGGGUCUUGACACUGAGAAGAUCAAUGAAAUCAUCAAACGUGCUUCUGAGGGGUCACGCUUUUAUCAACACAAACAAAAACAUCAGCAGCAUCUUAAUGAGAAACUGGAGGUCAUGAAGAAGGAAGCAGCUUCCUUCACAAAAGAGCAGACUGAGAAAGCCACUAAGCAGAUGGACCAGCUGAUACAGGAGCUGGAGGCUGAGCGGGAUCUGAGCCACACUAUUGUACAUGUUGACAUGGAUAUGUUUUAUGCUGCUGUGGAGAUGCGGGAUGAUCCAUCUCUGAGGGACAAACCCAUGGCAGUGGGCAGCACAGGCAUGCUCAGCACCAGCAACUAUGCUGCCCGCAAAUUUGGGGUGCGGGCUGCCAUGCCAGGAUUCAUCGGCAAGAAGCUGUGCCCUGAGCUGACGAUUGUACCUCCAAACUUUUCCAAGUACAGAGCAGUGAGUCAGGAGGUUCGGGAAGUGUUCUCCCAUUACGACCCUGGGUUCAGCCCCAUGUCCCUGGAUGAGGCUUAUCUUGACAUCACGGACUAUCUCCAGAAAAACUCAUCCCUUUAUGUGGAUGAGGAUGAUGGAGACAACCAUGAGCAGUUGGCACAGGCAGUGGUAAAUGAAAUGAGGCACAAAAUAGAGGUCAAAACUCAGCUCACAGCAAGUGCAGGUAUUGCUGCCAACACACGACUGGCCAAAGUCUGUAGUGACUUAAACAAACCCAAUGGCCAGUAUUACCUUCCUCCAGACCGUGACCGCAUCCUUGAGUUCAUAUCCUCCUUGCCCAUUCGUAAGGUAUCUGGCAUUGGGAAUGUGAUGGAGCAGCACCUCCAAGCACUGGACAUCACACAGUGUGGCCACCUUAUGGAAAAACGAGGGCUUCUUAAACUUCUCUUCUCUGAAACAAAUUAUGAAAACUUCCUCACCAUAGCACUUGGUCUGGGUCACUCAACCCUCUCUGCCUGGACUGAAAGAGACCGAAAGUCCAUCAGCACAGAGACCACCUUCAAGGGAACGUCUGAUAGACAAACUUUAUUUAAAUUAUCUGUAGACUUGUGUCAAGAGUUAGCAGAGGACAUGCAAGAGAAGGACAUUGUUGGAAAGGUGUUGACACUUAAAUUUAAAACAAUAGAUUUCCAGAUAAGGACCCGUGCCCAGACCCUUAGUGAGGCCACCCGCUGCCCUGAGGUCAUGGCUGCUGGCAUCAAACGACUCCUCCUGCAUGAGAUGAAUGUAGCAACAGAACAACCUCUCUCCCUAAGGUUGCUGGGUGUGCGCAUGUCCUCUUUAAUGUACUCUUCAGAAGUGGGCCAGAGACGCCAGGCUACACUCACCCAGAUGUUCUCCCAAGCUGCACAACCCAAGGCAUCUUCCUCAACUACAUUUUCUCAAAGCGAACAAGAAUCCCAUCACUCACAGAAAGAAAUAAUAAUGGAAAAUGUGAUGAUUAAAUCAGACAAUACCCUGGAAAGGAGCUCACCAGUGACAGCAAAGACAGACUUUUCUCAGAAAAAAGAUAUUUCAAUAGAAAACUUCCUAUCAAAGCCUAAACCAUCAAAACCAGCAGAAGAACCCACAAGGACAGAAGUGUAUGAAUGUUCAGUAUGUGAGGAACUGGUUCAUGUAGAGAGCUUAGAAGAAUUCAACAAACACCUUGAUACUUGUCUCGAGAUCCACUCUUCUCCCUCUCUACGAAAAUCUAGCAUAGACAACAAUAGUUUUAAGGACGAUACAGGUAUCCAGAAAAAUUCAGAACAAAGUGUAGAAAGUGAAGAAAGUAGUGAAGACAAUGAAAUUCCCAGUGAUGUAUUCCACUUGAACAAUUGUGAGAGUAACAUUGAUCCCACCACCUCUAGCUUGAAUCAGAACUUCCUAUGUCCUGUGUGUGAGCAGAGGAGCUUCUGUGACAUGACAGCCCUUAACAAACAUAUGGAUGAAUGCCUCAAUAAAAGUGCUAUCAGUGAACUUCUUCAGGAAAGCAGUCAUCAACAAGAAACUACCAGACCCAAGAAGACAGAAAUGGCCAAAAAUCAAAGCAGUAGGAAGAGGAAAGGGAAUGCAGAGUCUCAUAUCCAUAAAAAAACUAAAAGUGGAUUCAAUACCCUGGAUAGAUAUUUUAGCUCUUGAUAAUAAGGUGUAUAGUUUAUUCUUGUUUCUGCUGUUAUCAAAUUUGUGUUUUAGAAAAGAAUUGGUUCUAUGGUAGAUGCUAGUACAGUAAAUGAUGACACUCUAUAGAGGUAAAGUGAAUAUUAAGAUGUCUAAUUAUUGGUAAAGAGUUUGUACCUAUUUUGGCUUUCACUUGAAAGAAUAGUAAGGCUUAAAGAAUUUCUAUAAAUAUCUACUUAUGAAAAUGGCUAAAACAUCUUGUUCUAUUUCAGAAAGUGGUUUAGUCUACUCAGAUUUGCUAAGCACUGUAGUAAUGAAUUCAAAGUAUUUUACUGAUGACCUUUAUAUUAUGCUAAGAAGAUACAUAUGUAUUAGUGACCUUUAUAUUAUGCUAAGAAGAUACAUACACUAAAUUUUGAAUAAUUUAGUACAUAUAUGUAUAUAUUGCAGUAUAUGUAUAUAUUAUAAAAUUAACUAACUUGCAUAAAUUUUUACUUUAUACAGUAUGAAGAUCUACUUUUGAAUCUGUCCAGGCUGGCAGUCCCACAUGGGAUGGCAACACACACACACACACACACACACACACACACUCAUAGGCCUGUUGACUCUUGGUGGAAGAGGACAGUCUUGUGGUCCACCUUAUUAUACCCCAGGAGUCCAGGCACAGCACAGCUGGCCAUGCACAUUAAUAUCAACACUCAGCAGCAUAUGCUGGUUUAUCCAUGCCACUUCAUAAUGAGACUGUUCCCUAUCCUGCACCUACUCCAUACCCCAAUCCUGAGACCACAGCAAAUGCAGGGUGUGCCCACAACCCCUGCUAGGGGUCUAUAUAUUAUGUUCUUCCAUUAAUUUAUAUCCAUCUUCAGAAAUAAUGCUAGCUCAAAACUGAUCAUAUGAGGAAGAAAAUAUAUAGAGACUUGUUUCUCAUUACUUAUGUUGGUGCAUCCAGACAUCAGCCUCACUAUAUGUUGCAGUUAUCAUUGUAUUUGGAACUAGUCAUGACAAAAAUAUAAAACAUUGUGCAACUGCCAGAAAUGUGAUAACAGAUGUGAUGCACUGCAGGGAUUCCUUUCCAGAUUGGUAGAAACUUGCGGUGUGAGUUGAUUUUGCUGUGAUAAUACAAACUUUUUUGUUAUGAAAUAAAUUUCUAUUUUAC